AUGUCUACCAGCUGUCAUCCGGAGUCGCCACUGGUAGAUGUCAAUGAAAGCCAAGAGCUUUUCUCAGAGUCCAACAUGAAGAAGGCUGAAACGAGGUCUGAGAAGAUUGACGUGGUGUUAGAGAAGAUCGAUGCGGCAUCCAAGACGAUCGAUGCAGCAUCCAAGAUGAUCAAAACCACAUCAGAGCAUCUUGAUGCGAUAGCAAAGCAGCUUGGCGAGCAAGACAAUGACAUGCAAGCAAUGGAGUCACUCAACAAGACACUGGUUACCAAGGACAAUCUAGCAAAGCGCAACUGGAUAGGACCUACAAGAUGUAGUUUUUGUGAUCGGGAUGAAUCCAUCAAACACCUCUUUCUUGACUGCCCAGGCCGGGAAGACCCCCCUUUUCGAGAGAAAAAGACACUGGUUACCAAGGAAAUACAAAGCAAUGAUGAGUUGCAGCACGCUCGGAAGAUGCUGAUAGAGGAAUUGCCGAAGUUUACAAAUGGCCAUUCACUUAUAGGCAUCAAAAGGAUGGGUGAGCUAGAUGUGAAAGCGUUUGCAAGUGCUUGCAGCAAAUAUGUAUCACAAGAGGAUGCACAAAUUAACUCUGCUAUUCUUUGGUCAAAAUGGCAAGUUGAAAUUACAAACUCAGGCUGGCAUCCAUUUAGAGUAGUCGUGGUGGAUGGUAAAGAGAUGGAGAUUAUCUCUGAGGAUGAUGACAAGCUUCGCAAGUUAAAAGAAGAGCAUGGUGAGGAAAUCUACACCUUGGUAACGAAGGCGCUGCUUGAAAUGAAUGAGGUCAACGCCAGUGGACGUUACAUCGUAUCUGAGCUGUGGAACCGCAAGGAUGGUCGGAAAGCGAAGCUGGAAGAAGCCAUUCAGUUCAUCCUGAAACAGUUGCAAACACACAAGAGGAAGCGCUGA